AUGUGGGGCGUAAGAGUGAUAAUUCCUAAUAAACUUCGUAGUCAGGUAUUAGGACAGAUCCAUGAAGGACAUCUUGGUGUCGUUAAAAUGAAAGCAUUGGCCCGAAGUUUUGUAUGGUGGCCAGGAAUCGACCAGGAUAUUGAAAAGUUGGCAAAAGCCUGUAAUGGAUGUCAACUAAAUCAAAACUCCCCGAAAGGAGCACCGCUUAAUGCGUGGGAAUGGCCAAGCAAGCCAUGGGACAGAGUUCAUAUUGAUUUUGCAGGACCAUUUUUAGGGUAUAUGUUUCUUAUCAUGGUUGACGCACAUUCAAAGUGGCCAGAAGUAAUAAAAAUGAAAAACAUUACAUCAGAAAGUACAAUCAAUGUUUUGCGAACAAUCUUCUCAAGGAACGGAAUACCAUCACGUAUUGUGAGUGACAAUGGACCACAAUUUACAUCACAGGAAUUUGAAAAUUUCAUGCAAUUAAAUGGUAUUAAACACAUCAGAAGUGCGCCAUAUCAUCCAUCGACAAAUGGUUUAGCAGAACGUUUUGUGCAAACUUUUAAGCAAGCUAUGAAAUCUAGUUCAAAUGAUUCAGGAACCGUUUCGAAAAAACUAGCACAGUUUUUGUUAGCAUACCGCAGCACUAAACACAGUACAACGAAUGAAACUCCAGCAAAACUUAUGAUUGGAAGAGAUUUGAAAACAAGGAUGAAUCUUUUAAGACCGAACAUUGAAAACCAAGUUCAAACUAAACAGGAGGAAAUGUGUGACCGUAGAAAAACUUACCAACGUGAAUUUAAUGAUGGACAAUCAGUUGUAGUCCGUGAUUACCGGAACAAAAAUAAAUGGACACCAGGGACGAUAUCAACGAAAACUGGACCUGUGUCGUAUCAAGUACAAAUCGAUCCUACAACAAUAUGGAGAAGACAUGCCGAUCAAAUUAUCGAUUCAAACAUUACUAACACUGAACAAUCAAUUUCAGAACAAACUACAUUGGACAAUCAUAUAAGUAGUGAACAUGUCAACCCAACAGAAAAUGAACACCGUCCACAAAAAUCUGAAGAACACAAAUCUAAUCAACCAACAACACCAGUAAAGCGUUAUCCAACAAGGGAAAGGAAAUCCAACAAGUUGAAAGAUUUUAUAUAUAAUUGA